UUUACAAACGAGACCCUCCCCUCUCUCUGCCUUCUCCUGCGACUGCCAGUGCCGUUGUUGCUCCCCUUCCACUUCCAACGCGCCACGGUUUCCACCCCCUCCCCUUCCACCACCACUCGUAACCCUAGUUCGCGCGAACCAAACCCUACCCCUGAGACCCGCUCCUCCGCAUGCCGCGCUUCCCCCGGUGGCGUCGCCGGCCGAGCUGAGCCAGAUAGCCAGUCCCCGUCUCCGCCGCUUCCGCCGUUGCAGUCGAGGCCGGUGCCAUGGGCUGCGUCUGCGGCCGCCCCUCCGCCAUCGAGGACGGUCGGUGCCGCACGAUGCCACCACCGGCGGCGAAGCUCUCGGCGGCGGCGGGAGUGGCGGCGGUGAGGAGGGAGGAGGAGGCGCGGAAGCACCGGCAGCUGCAUGCGAGGGCGGGGAGCGGGAGGGAGGAGGUUCUGGAGAGGAGGCGGGCGAUGAUGGCGAUGACGGCGGCGUGCCAGGUGAGGAGCCCGGUGCCGAGGGCGGUGGAGGGGGAGCAGGUGGCUGCAGGGUGGCCGCCGUGGCUCGUCGACGUCGCCCCGGAGGCCGUGCGCGGCUGGGUGCCGCGCCGCGCCGAGUCGUUCGAGAAGCUCGACAAGAUUGGUCAGGGAACAUACAGUAAUGUUUACCGAGCUCGUGAUCUCGAAAAGGAGAAGAUUGUUGCUCUGAAGAAAGUGCGCUUUGAUAAUUUGGAACCUGAGAGUGUAAAAUUUAUGGCCAGGGAAAUCCUCAUUUUGCGGCGGCUUGAUCAUCCAAAUGUUAUCAAGCUAGAGGGUCUGGUGACAUCAAGGAUGUCCUGCAGCUUAUAUCUUGUUUUUGAGUACAUGGAGCAUGAUCUAGCUGGACUAGCUUCUUUCCCUGGAGUAAAAUUUACUGAAUCUCAGGUGAAGUGUUACAUGCAACAGCUCCUCCGUGGUCUCGAGCAUUGCCAUAGUCGUCACAUUCUGCACCGUGACAUUAAGGGUUCCAAUCUCUUGAUCGACAACCGAGGCAUUUUAAAGAUAGCAGAUUUUGGAUUAGCAAGUUUCUUUGAUCCUGAACAACGGCACCCUUUGACUAGUCGUGUUGUCACGCUUUGGUAUAGGCCACCAGAGCUUUUGCUUGGUGCCACUAAUUAUGGUGUUGCUGUAGAUCUCUGGAGUACUGGCUGCAUUCUUGCUGAGCUAUAUGCUGGCAAGCCUAUCAUGCCUGGUAGAACAGAGGUUGAGCAGCUACACAAAAUAUUUAAACUCUGUGGUUCACCAUCAGAGGACUAUUGGAGGAAAUCUAAACUUCCCCAUGCCACCAUUUUCAAACCGCAACACCCAUAUGCGAGGCGUGUAUCAGAAACAUUUAAAGAUUUUCCUACUCCUGCUCUGGCAUUAGUAGAUGUUCUUCUUUCAGUAGACCCAGCAGAUCGUGGAACUGCAUCUUCUGCAUUGCAAAGUGAGUUUUUUACAACAAAACCAUAUGCUUGCAAUUCUUCAAGCUUGCCAAGGUAUCCUCCAAGCAAAGAGUUUGAUGCAAAACGUCGGGAGGAAGCUCGAAGGCAAGGUAUUGCUGGAGAAAAGCAACAUAAGUAUGACCCUGAAAGGCGACCUAGAGAAUCAAGAGCAGUCCCGGCACCUGAUGCAAAUGCAGAAUUAGUGUCAUCUUUGCAGAAAAGGCAAGCCCAAGCCAAUACUAGGAGCAGGAGUGAGAUGUUCAAUCCCAGCAAGGAAGACUCUGCAUCUGGAUUUCGAAUUGAACCACCCAGGCCAACUCCUGUUAUGGAAUCUUCUGAAGACUCACAAUGUGUCUACUCGACCAGAACCUUUCAUUCUGGGCCUCUAGUUAAUCAGAAUCACCCAUCAAAGGCUGGACGUGGUAAAAAUGGUGAACUUCAGGUUCCUGGUGUUGCAAAUCUCCCUGUGGCUGUAUCAACAAGAUCAAGUCAUUGUUCAGAUGACAGCAAUCGGAUAAUGGUUACUCAAGCUGAAGUAUUUGCUCAUGGACGGAGGCUGUCCGAAUCUAUAAACGAGCAUUUCAGUAAUAGUGGGAAGUACGAUCAAGCAUUCCAGAAGAAGGAUGAAAGCAACGGCAGGGUCGAUGGAGCUAUUGGCUACGGAUCCAAGGGCAACAAGAUUCACCAUUCUGGGCCCCUGAUCUGUCCUUCAGGCAAUGUUGAUGAAAUGCUCAAGGAGAACGAUCGCCAAAUCCAAGAAGUUUUCCGGCGAACCCGGGUCGAGAAGUCCAGAAUGAGGAGGGACCAUGGUCAUGCCGGGAACGGACAUCACCCCAGAGAUUUUGGUGCCAUCCCAGUCUUCCCUUCUAGUCGCUCCAGCUAUCAAGCUGUGCAGCAGUAAAGAUGCUUGAACAGGCUUGCUGAAAUGGUAGUUGUGCGUAUGUUUGAGCUCACCAAAUCUCAACCCAGGAAUUUACCACCAGAGUUUUCACUGUGAUGUCAUGUUGAGAGCUGCCGUGCCUUGGUUGAAGCAGCCGUCGGACCGAAAGUAGAUGACGUGGAAAGCGUGGAUUCAUUUCCUCUUUUGAGAUGGAAAGGAAGGAUGACUUGAUGUAAAAAUGUGAUGGUUGAUAACCUUCGAGUUGGGUAAUGGUCUGGUAACCGGCAGGCAUACUAAACAUACUUAGGGGAGAUGUUCAGCGAUUUAGAUCCAAGGCCUUAUGGCUUGCGUGCUUAAAGAUCAAUGGUAACAGCUCAAAGGUCGUGUCCGUUUCAUAGGAUAAGUGAAUUGCAUCUGCAUCACUGUAUGCACCACCAACCAGUUCAUCUAAAAGCAAGCGUGCCAAAGGGCUUUGCCUGUGUU